UCUCCGGAAAGCCGCCACCUUUCUGUGGCACCGAUGCCAGCGCAGAGCUUUUAGUCUGGCUGGGCUUCAGCAGCCUGACCAUGUACGUCAAGGGGCUCUCCCUGGCUCCCUGUAGUCUCUGCUCUGGUCAUAACCUGGCCCUUCUGGGUUUGACUCUGUGGAAGUGUUCUGCAAGAAUGUCACUUUAUUUAAAGUUAAGAACCUACUCGGAGUUGCUAUCACGGUCACUUAAUGGGCGUCCGCCAGGAACUACUAUUGUGCCAAGUACCAGAGGGACUUAGGGGAGUAGGAACAAUUCGGUCGGUCCUUAGGUCCACUGGGUGGCAGGUAAACCAGAAACCCGAGAACUGCAACUAGAGAAGGAAGUAGGGAGUUCUCCAUCGGUCAGACCUACCCAGGAAUGACUCAGAGGAAGCCUUUCUUGCUUUGUUUUCAGACUUUAAGAAACAAUAUACAACCAACACACGGAAAAGUGCAUAGAUCCCGAGUCCCUCCGAACCACUUUUCACAAGCUCUCUUGUGCAACCUGCAUCAGGAACAGUGUAUGCCGUAGGGGGUGCCUUGGAGGACAGGUGGAGUUACAGGCAGUUGUGACCCAUGUGGGAGCUGGGACCUGCAAAAACCGGGGUUCUCUUGAAGGAGGAGCAAGCUCUCUUCAGCACUGAGCCGUCUCUCCAGCCCCUGGAAAAGGCAUCUUGAAUGGUUUCCUGAGAUGGAGACACCAAGACCCGGGAAGACUGUUGAAGGCCAUGGUCAGCAGGAGGUGUAAAUCCAUGCAGUCCACCUGUAGUCGGCAGUCUUCACCGUUUUGUGACAUUGUUUCCCUAGCUGCCUGGUAAGGGCUAGAUCCCAAAUGCCGUCCUGGUCAGGUGAAGCAGAGAGCAGUCACUCUACCAAGCUCAUACCUUGAUGGCCGUUCCAUGAAGCUAAGACUGGAUCUCUUCUCCCUGCCAUUCCCCCAAUGCCUGCUCUUUCAUGGUUGGUUUGGAGGCCUGUGCUAUGGCUUCAUCCUCCUCCGUCCCAGCCUCCUCCACUCAGUCCAAGAAGCCUCGAGACAAGAUAGCUGACUGGUUCAGGCAGGCUCUGUUGAAGAAGCCCAAGAAGAUGCCAAUCUCCCAGGAAAGCCACCUCAGUGAUGGUUCACAGACAGCCACACAGGAUGGUCUCUCACCCUCCAGCGGCAGUUCACCUCGGAGUCAUAGUUCAUCCCAGAGCCAAAGCUCAACCCCGAGCUGCAGUUCAGGAAUGCCUCCUACCUCACCACCAACACACGUGGACAGCAGCAGCAGCAGCAGCAGUGGCCGUUGGAGCAAAGACUAUGAUGUCUGUGUGUGCCACAGUGAGGAGGAUUUAGAGGUGGCCCAGGAGCUGGUUUCCUACUUGGAGGGUAGCAAAGCCAGUCUACGCUGCUUCCUGCAGUUUCGGGAUGCAGCCCCAGGUGGCGCCAUUGUUUCUGAGCUAUGCCAGGCGCUGAGUGGUAGUCACUGCCGCGUGCUGCUCAUCACCCCAGGCUUCCUUCGGGACCCCUGGUGCAAGUACCAGAUGCUGCAGGCCCUGACGGAGGCCCCAGGGUCGGAGGGGUGCACCAUACCCCUGCUAUCCGGCCUGACCAGAGCCGCCUAUCCACCGGAACUCCGAUUCAUGUACUAUGUGGAUGGCAGAGGCCAGGAUGGUGGCUUUUAUCAAGUCAAGGAGGCUGUUAUACACUAUCUGGAGACACUAAGUUGACACUUAGAGCUUUCAUGAGGAAAACUGGAAAUAGUUCACAGCCAUCGUUAGUCCAGUAAUGGCAGGAGGCAUCAGGAGCCAGAGCCAGCUGCACUCUCUUCAUGACACAGGAUCAGAUUGCCACCAGCUUCCAUUACUGAGGACUCUACAGAACUGCCAGGCAGAAGAUGGGGCCCACCCCUGAAAGGAGACCAGGAAGAAGAUGGGGACUCCCCAAGAAGGGCAGGAGGAAGUCAGGGACUCUCCCCAGGAAGACCACAAGGAAGUCAGAAAUUCAAGUUGUCAAGAGACUCUGCUAUCAGGAAGGUCAGCAGUCUUGUCUGCUGCUUAACUGGAUAGGAAGCUGACACACGGCUGUGUGCUUUCCCAGGCAUCAGGCACUGGGGGAACAGGUACCACUCCUCAAGAGGGAUGAG